UGCGUGUUGUCAAGCGCGCCUCGACGUCAUCACAACGCGACAAGGAAGUGUAGCCGCUCGUGUCCUUCAGUGAUAAACGUUACAAAAGUCUGUGCUUUAUUGACAGAUUUAUUCUGUUUAAUCGGCUUUAAUGGAGGGACAGGAGCAGUGAAUAGUGAUAGUUUGAAUUAAAAUAGUAUGUGUUAUAUGCAGUUAUUAUCAGGGUGAAGAUAGUUGCUCUACUGAGGCUGAACCUUACAGCUAAACAUACUGAUCAAGCUGCGAUGAGUGCUCCUAACUCUUCAGAAAGGAAGGCCUGCUGGGACUCCAGGGACCUGCUCUGGAAGUGUCUGGAUGACAAUGGGGACAAGGCUGAAUCCUGCCUGAAGUUCCAGGGCGAGUUUGAGUCCAACUGUCCUGCUCAAUGGGUGAAAUAUUUCACCAAGAGGAGAGACUAUCUGAAAUACAAAGUGAAGAUGGAGACAGAAGGAUUCACGCCGGCUGAAGGCCCUAAGCAACCUUCUUAACCAAAACCUGCGCUCUGACCGACUUUCUGACCGGAGCCAGAGGUGCGCACUUGGAGAGGAGUUUUCUAACUUUAUUGUGGACUUCACCACUGUGAUUAUUUAUUUGUACAGAGAUUAAAGCUGCAUCCAGUAACAUACAUUUCAGCAGCGACCUGUCACAAAAUUCUUCGAGCGUCUUUUCACCUGAUCAGCUGCUCUGGAAUGUUUUAAAGAAAACGACGGGAGGAAAGAUGGGAUCCACGUCGAAAUUACAUGUAUGUCACUGUGGUAAAAAUGUACAAUUGCUGUUUGAAAAAAAAAUGGUGUUUGAUCAAUAAAUGCUGAUCUUCACUGAUGCUUUCCUUUUAAUCCUCAUUAAUCAACAUCUUUAAGUGUGACUGACUAGCGCUUUUGGUUGAAAAAAAAUUAAAUGGAUUCAAUGCC